CGGAAUCUACGCAGCGAUGGUUUCCGCGGAAUUCAAUUUUGCAGAAGGCAGUGAGGCGCGCUAGGCACUGGUUUGAAUGCGUAUUGUUAUUUACUUUGUCUGCGAGUUGUACAUUUUUGAUAACGCAAAGCCCAAUCUCAAUACAUUAUUCAAGACCCCAAGCGUAAUGAAAGUGGCUUACGAAGUACCAUAGUUCAGCGUGGUACCGUCCUUUGUAGUAACAGGUAGGCUAUGGCUGCUUGGAAAAAAAUGAUUUUGUUCGGCGAUUCGUUGACGCAAUAUUCCUUCCAGCCUCAAGGAUUCGGUUCAGCAAUCGCAAAUGAGCUACAGAGAAAGGCGGACGUAAUUAACCGAGGAUUUUCAGGUUACAACACAGACAAUGCAGUUGCAAUGUUGCACGGCGUAUUUCCCACUGGCUCUCUCAAGGCCGAGGAUGCCAUCACAGUUUGCUUCGGGGCAAACGAUUCUGUACUAAGCGGCUUUCAUCAGCACGUUCCUAUACAAAGAUAUGAAUCCAACUGUCGCAAAAUUAUCAACCACCUUACAGGACUUGGAUUGCCAUCAUCGCGAAUACUCAUCAUAUCUCCCCCAGUAGUUGAUACAGAGAAAUGGUUGGCACACUUAAUAUCAGAGAACAAAGGAACAGAGGUUGACAGAGACAACGAAAAUACAAAAAAAUAUGCCGAAGCCUGCUCACGGGUUGCGUCGGAUAUGUCUUGUCCGUUUGUAAACUUGUGGGAGAGUUUUAUGCAAGAGGAAGAGUAUAACAAGUUACUGAACGAUGGACUCCAUUUUUCAGAGGAAGGGAAUCGAUUAGUUACGAAGCUAAUUCUUCCGCAUAUACUUAAGAUGUCUGAAGAGUGGGAAAUGAAUUAUGCAGAAUGGCAAACGUUUUAUGAUUUAUAAUAAAUGAGUUUUGGUGAAUAAGACAUUAGAUAAUUCAUUGUGAGGAAAUAAAUGAUGUUUUUCAUAGAGGUGGUUUCUCAAACUUGGAGGCUAUUCGUGGUGGCAUUACAACCUCAAUUGAUGGGGUUGCGUACUUAUGAG